AUAUUAAGCUUGUCCACUCAUAUUCAGAACUUUAUACUAAAAAUAUGUACAAUAAAGGGAUCAAAGAACAGCUUUAAUCUCCACCACUGAUGGAACAUUUAAAGAAUCAAUAUCAGGAACAAACUUCAAAUGUUUCUAUUGUUGCUGAGGAAGUCAAAGUUAAAGUUGAAGCUGAAUCAUCAAUAGAAACUAAUUCUUCAAAAGAAAGAGAAACAAAUGAUGAAGAAGUUAACUUCAAUCCAAGAAAUCCCCAGAAAUAUAUAGGUGUUCGAAAACGUCCAUGGGGAAAAUAUGCAGCAGAAAUUAGGGAUUCGACGAGGAAUGGAAUUAGGGUUUGGCUUGGAACUUUUGAUACUGCUGAAGAAGCUGCUAUGGCUUAUGAUCAAGCUGCGUUUUCUAUGAGAGGUGCCCAAACUUGCCUGAAUUUUCCAGUGGAAAAAGUGCGCGAAUCGCUACAAAAAAUGGAAUGUAAUAACAUAAAAGAUGGAUUGUUGUCACCAGCUGCAGCCCUAAAAGAGAAACACAAGAAAAGAAAUAGUAGAAGUUCAAGAAAGAAGCAAGUGAAUAUUAAAGAAGAAGAGAAUGUGUUGAUAUUUGAAGACUUAGGUCCUGAUCUAUUAGAUGAACUCUUAUCAUCUGAGAACUCUUCUUGUUCAAAUUAUUAAUCUACUAAUUUCCCCAUCUGUCCUACAUUUUUACUUCAUAUAUUGAAGGGGAGCGUUGGCGUAGUUGGUAAAGUUGCUGCCAUGUGGCCAGGAGGUCACGGGUUCGAGCCGUGGAAACAGCCUCUCGUAAAAAUGCAGGGUAACGCUGCAUCGAUAGACCCUUAUGGUCUGGCCCUUCUCCGGACCCCGUGCAUAGCGGAAGCUUAGUACACCGGGUUGCCCUUUAUACAUAGUAUCUAACAAAGUAUUAGGCGAAAAAAGUAUCUUAACCAAGUUUAUUAAGUGUCUCAUAUUGGUUGAUCAGAGCAGUAGAUUAUUGUCUCAUUCUAAGGUCUUGGGCAAUUCUCAUCUCAAAAGCUAGUUGUUGCAUUGAGUUAAGCUUAAGGUUUAUUUUCUUAGUAUGGUAUAAGUAACAGACUCAUUUCUAUUCUUUGUUUCCACA